CAGUGCCUGCUCCGCAUGUCACGGUAGUUUCAGUUUCUCCAAAUUUAAACUCUGAAAACCGUUUUCAAAAUUGAUUUUUUGUAUUGAAUUCAAGACCUGUUUUCUUUGAGAAUUGGGUGAAAUUCCGACAAAAUUCUCCAGGCCUUCCCAUAGCCGAGAAAGAGUUUUCCCGGAAUCUGUACGAUUUUCGUACUUAUCACCUUCUUACUUGAAGUCAGUAGAUCUCCCUAAUUGUAAGAUCGUGCCCGGGAUUCUGAAAUCACCAAGUGUCGCAGCUGUUCAUUGAACAAAAAUGGUUCGCGAAACCGGACUUUAUGAUGAGCUCGGGGUAAAAUCAAAUGUGGGAGAUGCGGAACUCAAGAAGGCGUAUCGGAAAUUAGCGCUGAAGUACCAUCCCGAUAAGAAUCCAGAAGCAGGAGAAAAAUUCAAGCGAAUAGCCUACGCUUAUGAAGUCCUCAGCGACCCAAAGAAGCGCGAGAUUUAUGAUCGUGGCGGAGAACAGGCCCUUAAGGAAGGCGGUGUCGAUGCUGGCUCCUUUCACAACCCUAUGGAUAUUUUCGAGAUGUUCUUCGGGGGUGGGGGUUUCGGUGGAGGGCGAGCCCGUGAGCGGAAGGGCAAAGACGUUAUACACCAAAUCAAAGUCACUCUGGAAGAUUUAUAUAAUGGAAACACUAGGAGGCUGGCUCUCCAAAAGAAUGUGAUUUGCAAAAAAUGUGAUGGUCGUGGAGGAAAAAAGGGUGCAGUGGAGUCGUGCACGGGCUGUAAAGGAUCUGGAAUGAAAGUCCGCAUUGUGCAAUUAGCCCCCGGCUUCGUGCAGCAAUCUCAGUCCGUAUGCGGUGAUUGUGAAGGACAAGGCGAGCGUAUUAAAGCCGAAGACCGGUGUCCCGAAUGCAUGGGCAAGAAGGUUACGCGUGACCGGAAAAUCCUGGAAGUUCACAUCGACAAAGGGAUGAAAGACGGCCAGAAAAUUGUGUUUAAUGGCGAAGGAGAUCAAGAACCAAAACUGGAACCGGGAGAUGUGAUAAUCGUGUUAGAUGAGCAGCAGCAUUCAACCUUUGUGCGGAAAGGUCAUGAUCUCAUUAUGCGGAUGAACAUCGGGCUUGUCGAAGCUCUGUGUGGAUUCCAAAAAACCAUACAGACUUUGGAUAACCGAACUCUUGUCAUUACCAGCCUGCCAGGCCAUGUGAUAAAAUACGGCGAUGUGAAGUACAUCGCAAAUGAAGGGAUGCCGAUCUACAGAAAUCCAUUUGAAAAGGGACGUCUGAUCGUUAAUUUUUUGGUUGACUUUCCCGAUGCCAAAAAGAUGACUCCAAAGAUGAUUGCGGCGUUAGAGAAGUGUCUUCCUCCAAGAACAGAGGUUAUCGUUCCAGACGAUGCUGAGGAAGCGGUUCUUGUUGAGUAUCAGGAACAGCAUGCUCAGGGUGCGGGAUCCAGAAGUCAUGGGUACGCGUAUAUGGAAGACGAUGAGGAGGAAGGACACGGUAGACCGGGAGCAGUGCAGUGUGGAACGCAGUAGACGACUAGACGUUUAUUUAGCAUGAGUUUGAACGAAAGCUUUGAUUCCCUUGUUUUGUUGGGUUUCUGUUGAUGGGUUAGCCUCAAGGAACACUGUUCGCAGGAUGUCUCCGUUUACCGUUUUGGAAAAGUUUAUUGCUUAAAAUUUUUGUCGAUUACAGGCUACAGCAACUGGCAACUCGUAUAAAUUAUUUAUUAAAAAACUAAACAAACAGUUUAAUUAAGUUAUCUGA